CUGCAGACAAGAUACACUUGGGCUCUUGACGUUGCUGUUCUCUACUGGAAGUUCAAGUUCAGGGACACAUCGCUGAGCAACUUAAGACUAGCAGCCCAGCACUUGCAUUUGGGAGCGUCGCAGUGUUUUUCUAGCCGCUAUGUCGACGGCUGAGGUUUAUGAUUACAUUGUAAUCGGUGCUGGGGUGCAAGGGUCCUUUACUGCUUAUCAGCUGGUUAAAAGGAAAAAGAAAACUCUACUCCUUGAGCAGUUUACUCUGCCUCACACCCGAGGGAGUUCCCAUGGCCAAACCCGUAUGAUACGUAAGGCUUACGACCAAAACUUCUACACACACAUGAUGGAAGAAGGCUAUGAACUGUGGGCUCAGCUGGAGAGGGAGGCUGGUGUCAAACUGUUCAGGCGAACAGGACUUCUGGUGAUGGGACCAGAAAACAGUCGGAGCUACCUCGACUUUAAAAGCACCCUGGAGAAGAACAAGAUUCCUAUGGUGGUCCUGACCCCUGACAACUUCAAUCAGCACAUUCCUAAUGUCAUCCUGGCUGAUGGAGAUGGCGCUUUGGUGGACACCACUGCUGGAGUGUUAUACGCAGAUCGGGCACUCAAGGUUGCACAGGGGCAGUUUCACAAAUUGGGUGGUGUCAUUAAAGACCAAGAGAAGGUAACAGACAUCAAGCCUGGCCUGACUGUGACUGUUUCAACCUCUGCUGGUGUUUAUCAAGCCAAGGGUCUUGUGAUCACCGCCGGCGCUUGGGCUAAUGAAUUGCUGGCCCACGUGAACCUACAUCUUCCUCUAGAGGUGAUGAGAAUCAAUGUGUGCUAUUGGAAAGAGAAGGUACCUGAUUCAUACCAUGUGAAUAAACGCUUUCCCUGCUUCUUGCUGACUGAAGGAGAGGAAGCUAAAGACCAUAUUUAUGGCCUCCCUUCCAACGAAUACCCUGGCCUCAUGAAGAUUUGCUACCAUAACGGCAGUGAGACUGAUCCGGACCAAAGAGACAAGAAGACAGACGGUGCUGAUAUUGACAUCCUCCGGCGCUACAUUGCCCGUUAUUUGCCAGGUGUGAUCCCUGAGCCCGCUGUGGUCGAGAGCUGCAUGUAUACGCUAACACCUGACCGUCAUUUUGUGGUGGACCGCCACCCUGCAUAUGGCAAUAUCGUAAUUGGCACAGGAUUCUCAGGUCAUGGCUUCAAGUUUGGGCCAGUCAUUGGCAAGCUGCUGUGUGAGCUUAGCCUGGGAGAAGUGCCCUCCUAUGACCUUUCACCUUUCCAAAUCAGCCGCUUCCAGACCAUGAAAUCAUCUUUAUAGAAAUGUGCUCUCAAGUUUAAUUUGUGAUGUUGAUAAUGAUGACGGUUAUUCUUAUCAUUAUUUAUAAUGCACUUUUCAUUUGAAGAAUGUCAAAUUGAUACAGCGUAAAGAAAAUCAUAAAACAAGUGCUCUGGCCUAAAUAUUUUUUGAAAAUACAAGUUCUGAUAUCAAUGUGUAGAUUUUCAAGAAAAUUUAACUUGAAAUUAUAGCUACAAAUCCUCUAAAGAUUGAGCGAAGAGUAUUUUUGGAGCGCUUUCAAGUAAACACAGACAUGCUACAUAUAUUGAAGAAGACAAAAGACUUUUUGUCAAAAAAUAAAUAAAUAAAAAUGUACAGCCAUUACCCGAUAACUAGCAAACCUUUAUUGCUCAGUGACUGUUUUGUUUGUCAAUGUCUUUCUGUCUCCAAAGUGUUCUGUGUCAAUUGACUGUCUGUUGUCGUACUAGAGGGGCUCCAACGACCGGAGACAAAUUCCUUGUGUGUUUUUUGGACAUAUUUGGCAAAUAAAGAUGAUUCUGAUUCCGAGGUA